AUGACGGUUGAUGAGUACUUGGCUAGGUUCAAUGAACUGGCCAUAUUUGCACAUUUUCACAUUUAUAUGCCUAUGCCGAUGUUUAUGGUUGCUAAGUUUCGUAGGGGACUUAAUGAGGAGACCGUAGAUAGAAUUGCUGGAGCUACAUCCAGAGAUUUUGGCACUUUAAUACAGCAGUGUCGUGACAUAGAGGAGGUGUGUAUAAUCAGCAAAGCCAAAAAGUCUAAGAUAUCUGAUGAGAGAGUAAUCAGUGGUUCCUAUCAGGGGAAGAAUAAGUGGUUUGAUGGCAAUGGCAAGGGAAAACAGUUGCAAGCCAGACAACCAUUCAACAAGAUUAAAAGGACCUCUACACCGCAGGGAAGCUUUGCUAGACCUCCUUCCACUCCUAGAUGUACGGGAUGCGGAAAGGAGCAUUUGGGACGUUGUGCUACUGGAGAGUUGCUAUGCUACAAGUGUGGAAAGAGUGGCCAUGUGGCCAAGGAUUGUUAUACAUCUGUUGCUAGGGCUGCAGCAACUCAGGCGGCUCAUCUUCAGAUGAUUCCUGCUCCACCUACAGCGGCACCUGUUGUGCCACUUGCCACUGGCCGAGUUUACACAUUGGAUAUGCAGCAGUCGGACAGAGCUUCAAACCUUGUGAGAGGUACCGUUUCUAUUGGUGGUUAUGCUGUUGAUGUGUUAUUUGAUUCUGGGGCUACAUAUUCUUUCAUCACGACCCCGAUUGUUGUGGGACUUGAGUUAUCCAUUUUUGUGCUUUCUUCACCGUUGCGGGAGACUACUGCUACCGGAGAAUAG